AGAAUGCCGCGCGCGCACGCGCACUCAUCUCGCUUCUCGUGUAGCCAAUCUGUGCUACGAUCGGAUUCUUCGCAACCCUGCUCCGCGACGCUGCACGACCUCUGCCGCCUGCGGGUGCCAUGCUCGACGCCAAGGAAGCUGGCAACGAAAGACGGCGUUGGUGGGAAGACGGGGCUAAGAUUCGCAUCUGGGGCGCGCGCGUCCGGUGUUCCGGUGCAUAUCCGAUCGAGGGGAAAUGCCCAGGCGAGCGCAUUGGUCAAUCUGCCUGCCUUUGUCAUCAUCCUCCCCGGGUGUAUAACUGGGCUCGACAUUCAUAACGCACACUCUAUCGUUGGCCGCCCUCCAGCUUCCCCUUCUGUCCGCCCCGCGCCCUCUCCUUCUCGCCCGCAAUGGGUCUCCUCUCCCUCGGCACCCCUCUCGCGUGGGAUGACGCCAAACGCUACGCCGAUCACGUUCGGACCCACGGGAUCACACAAUUCCUCAGCAUCUGGGAUCGUCUGAAGGACAGGUGCGGGGACGAGCUGCUGUGGGGAGACGAAAUCGAAUAUCUGGUCGUCUCCUUCGACAAUGAAGGAAAGAACGCGAGGCUCUCCUUGCGGCAAACAGAAAUCCUCGCAAAGCUCGCCGCAAUCACCAGCGACAUUGCCUCUGCUCGCGGAGAGUCUGCUUCCGUGCCAACCUUCCACCCGGAGUAUGGCCGCUUCAUGCUCGAGUCCACUCCUGGAUCGCCCUACUCAGGAAGUCUGUCUGACAUCCUGUCCGUCGAGGAUGACAUGCGAUGGCGUCGGCAGUUGGCUCGCAGGUACCUCAAACAGGACGAGAUCCCAUACACCUUGACGUCCUUCCCACGCCUUGGUGUCCCUGGCGUGUUCACGGACCCUUACUUUGAUCCUGCCGACGCGAAGUCCAGCCACAGUUUGUUCCUUCCAGAGGAGAUCACAAAUCCUCAUGCACGUUUCCCGACGCUAACGGCAAAUAUUCGGCGGCGACGCGGCUCGAAGGUCGCAAUAAACCUCCCGCUCUAUAUCGACUCGCGUACACCGCGCCCAUUUGUGGACCCGACCAUUCCAUGGCAGCGGAACAUAUACGCGGAGGAUCCUGAGGCGAAGCGGGGAGCCGCGCUGAAUGACCACAUCUACAUGGAUGCUAUGGGCUUCGGCAUGGGGUGCUGCUGCUUGCAGAUCACCUUCCAGUCCUGCAAUGUCAACGAAGCGAGACGGCUAUACGACGCGCUAGUACCUGUUGCGCCGCUCAUGUUGGCAUUGACAGCGGCAAGCCCUCUAUUUCGUGGCUACAUAGCGGACGUUGACUGCCGGUGGGACGUCAUAUCGGCUUGCGUUGACGAUCGCACGGAAGAGGAGCGUGGGGUGAAGCCUCUCAAAGAGAACCGCUUCCGGAUCCCCAAGUCACGCUACAGCAGCGUGAGCCUGUACCUCUCCGAUCAUUGGAUGCACAGGCCAGAGUAUAACGACAUCGACGCCCCGUAUGACCAGGCUAUCUUCGACCGCCUGCAGAAGCAUGGUAUCGAUAGUAUCCUCGCAAGACAUAUCUCCCACCUGUUCAUCCGCGAUCCCAUUGUCAUCUUCUCCGAGACAAUCGACCAGGAUGACGAGAAUAGCAACGACCAUUUCGAGAACAUACAAUCGACGAAUUGGCAAACAGUCCGUUUCAAACCUCCCCCGGUCAACUCGCCCAUCGGCUGGCGCGUGGAGUUCCGCUCAAUGGAGGUUCAAAUGACCGACUUCGAGAACGCCGCCUUCUCGAUCUUCGUCGUCCUGCUCUCUCGCGCGAUCCUCGCCUUCAACCUCAACCUGUACCUUCCCAUCUCCAAGGUCGACGAGAACAUGGCCCGCGCGCAGAAGCGCGACGCCCUACACACGCAGAAGUUCUACUUCCGCAAGGACGUGUUCCCGCCGGGUGGACCGUCGCGGCCUGAGAGCCGGUGCUCGUCGUGUUCCAGCUCGGGCGCAAGCUCGCCCGCGACGUCCCCGGUGGACGGGACUCCCAGGAAGGAGAAGAAGCUGAGGAACUGCUGGCCCUCAGUGCCGCGUCCUGCGAACGGUGUGCACGCGAAGCCGGUAGAGGAUGAAUACGAGGAGAUGUCGCUGCAAGAGAUUAUGUUCGGGAAGGCCGAUGCCUUCCCAGGUCUGUUCGGUCUUGUCUAUGCGUAUCUUGACACGCUAGACAUGGAGGAAGAGGAGCGCGUGAAGUUGGAGCGCUACCUCGACUUGAUCAAGCGGAGGACAGAUGGAACGCUCAAGACCGCGGCAACCUGGAUCCGAGAAUUCGUCCGUACUCACCCAGCGUACAAGUUUGACUCGGCGGUCAGCCAGGAGAUCAACUAUGACCUCUUGGUUGCCGUUGACGAGAUAGAACGGGGCGUGAGACACACUCCCGACUUCCUUCCUCAGGGUGCCAAGAGGUAGAGGGUCCGAAAGAUCAACACAUUGUAUCCCUUGCAUUCAGGUGUACGAAUCGCAUAGAGGGGGUGAACACUGUAGCUUUGUCUGUAUCAUUGUCUGUCGUAAUGUUUUGCAUUUAGUGGGUCGUAAUGAAAAUGGGACUGUAGCGUGGCACCUUGGAACUCGUAAGGAACUCGUAAGGAAUACACAG